UGUGGUCGGAUCUGCUUUCCGUUUCCUGGAUCAAUCACAUGUGAAAGAAAUUCAUAUGUUUGGUCUUCGAAGUUUGCUGAAUAUAUCCAGAUGAAGUGCAUCCAUCAACCUCCAACAGUGUUUAUUGCAUGUGUUUGGCAGCAGGAAGUUGAAGGUUUUCCAGAUCCACACCUUUGUCUUGCUGCGUAAUUUCUUCAAACACUCUGUUUUGAUGGCAGAACCAGAGCCCACGCUCGUCCCUGUGCAGGUUGGAGAAAAGAGAGGCUGUCCAGAGGACCAAGAGGACGAUCCACUUUCAAAGAGACCCAGAGUUGACAAUGAUCAUAAAAAUGUGGGUCAGUCCAAUCAGAAUGUGGAGGGAGAACCAGAGUGCGAAGGAAGUGAGGAAGAGGAAGCUGGAGAGACCUUUGCUGAUAUGAUGAAGCAUGGACUCACUGAGUCAGAUGUGGGCAUCUUAAAGUUUGUCAGCAACCAUGAGGGCUUCUCAGGAAUCUUGAAGGCAAGAUAUUCUGAUUUUGUGGUGCAUGAAAUCAACAAACAAGGCAGGACGUUGCAUUUGGAUGACCUCUCUAUUCCUGCAGAGUCUGAGGAUGUCACAGAAGCUCAGGAGAAACCAAAUGAGUCUGAUGUGCUUUCUGAAGACCAGAAACAGCAGCUUAGUGAGCUGCAGCUCUUUGAGAAUAAAGAAGGUAGUGUCUCUAUUGAGGUGAUCGAUGACUCAAAAGAAAAGCGGACACAAGUUCACAAAGCCAUAAAGAUGCAGUUUCCUGGUCUGGAGACAAAGACAGAAGAGAAAGAAGGUCGCAAGUUCAUAGUGGCUUAUCAUGUUGCUGGGAAGAAAGCUUUAGCAGAGGUCAAAACAGCAGCAGCUCCAAGGAAACACUUCUGGCCCCAAAAUCGUGGCAGUUUCUGUCACUUUGUCUUGUACAAGGAGAAUAAGGACACCAUGGAUGCCAUCAAUGUGCUUUCAAAGUUCCUCAGGCUUAAACCCAACAUGUUUUCCUACAUGGGAACCAAGGACAAGAGAGCCAUCACUGUGCAGGAGAUUGCAGUGCACAAGAUCACAGCAGAGAGGUUGGCUCAUCUGAACAAGUGCCUCAUGAAUCUCAAGGUUGGAAACUUUUGUUACAAAAACCAUCCUCUGAAGCUGGGAGAGCUGCAAGGCAAUCACUUCACUGUAGUCCUCAGGAACAUCUCAGGAACAGACGAACAGGUCCAGCAAGCCAUGACCUCUCUCAAGACAACAGGAUUUAUCAACUAUUACGGCAUGCAGCGCUUUGGCACCACGGCUGUGCCUACAUACCAUGUUGGCAGGGCGAUCCUAAAAAAUAACUGGAGUGAGGUGGUUGAUUUGAUUCUUAAGCCACGUCCUGGAGCAGAGAAGGAGUACUUGGUACGGUGCAGGGAGACAUGGGCAAAAACUCAGGACCCAGAGGCCGCUCUCAAAAAACUACCUAAUAAGCGCUGUGUGGAGGGGCAGCUACUGCGAGGCCUGUCCAUGCACGGCAAGAAGAACAUCAUCACAGCUUUUGGCCUGAUCCCUCGUAACAACCGUCUGAUGUACAUCCACAGCUACCAGAGUAUGGUGUGGAACACCAUGGUGAGCCAGAGAAUUCGGGCCUUUGGCCUAAAGGCAGUGGAGGGAGACCUUGUGCUCAGAGGAACCACAGCACAUGUGUUAACAGCAGAAGAGGCUGAUAUCCACUCCAUUCAUGAUAUCGUGAUGCCACUUCCCGGGUUUGAUGUUAUCUAUCCUUCUCACCCUGUGGGUGAAGGCUACAGGAAGAUGCUCUCUGCUGAUGGUCUGGACAUUGACAACAUGAGACACAAAGUCAAAGACUACUCCCUAGCUGGAGCCUACAGACGCAUCCUCCUCAGACCCAGUGAUGUCAGCUGGGAGGUAAUUCAGUAUGAUGAUCCACGGAUUUCUCUGAUACAUACCGAUACAGAAAAGCUGGAGUCCAAACCUGCUCCUGUCUUCAAUAAAGAAGGGAAGUACCGGGCUCUGAGGAUGGAGUUCUCGCUGCCUCCAUCAUCUUACGCUACCAUGGCAAUUCGAGAGGUCCUCAAAAUGGACACGAGCAUCAAGAAACAGACUCAGCUCAAUACUGUCUGGUUAAACUGAGUCUCAGACAUGUUAUGGACCAGUGUUAGAGCCUUCACUGUGGCUCCUUGUUGUGAGUGUUAAAAAUUAGUGACUGGAUUGUGUUCACCCAGCGAGAGCAUCCUUAAGGUAUAAAGUACAAAGCACAUUCAUUUUAGCUUUUUAUUUUAUUUUUUUAAAUUUAAAUAUGAUCUUUACUGGUUCUGUGCUGAUAUCAGGCAGCAUUUUGAGAGGGUGCACUAAAAAAUUGCAAAGGUGAAUUUUUUCGCUUAGUGUGCCAUUUGUACAGAUGUUUUCUUUCAAAAUGUAGACUCACUGUCAACUGAAACGCUCUUGGUGAUUAAAAAAAUAAAAUGCAGAGAGGUUG